GACUCCAGUCGACUUGUCGGCAAGUUUUCGAUCGUAGUUCAUACUUCAUAGUUCUAGUUAAAGCGUUAACGCCAAGCAAUAAAGACUUGAGAUUGUGAUAAUUUCCGUGCGUUUCUGAAUAAAGUUGCUAGGUGUGCAGUGAUUUUUUAUUCCAUUUUUAAAUAAACAUAUUAGUGUAAGCAAGAAGUGUUACGCUGUCUUUUACACCUGCAUUACUUUUUGUAGAUGUUGUGAAUUUUGUUUUUGUGAUAAAACUUGUGCGACAAUGGCAGACAAUUCAAAAUUGACCGAUGAGGAGUUAGUAGACAUCAGGGAACAGUUUUCUCAGCUGGAUACAAGCGGCAACGGGUUCAUUGAUUUGAAGGAGCUCAAAGACGCACUCGACGGCGUUGGCUACAAAAUUCCACAAUGGAAGGUGCGGUGCAUGAUCGACGAAUACAACGACAACGGCAGGAAGGCAGGGCGGGGAGUCAAUGGCAGCAUGAAUGGAGACACGAGAAAGAACGGCAUCUCCUUAACAGAGUUUGAGGAGCUUUGCGCAAAUCUUAAAGCACAACAGGUCUCAAGCACAUUUAAACAAGCUGUCAGUAAAAAGGAGAAUCUUGAACAUUUGGGUGGUAUGAGCGAGGCGUCUAGCGAUGGCACAACUCAUUCAGUGCGCCUGGAGGAACAGAUGGCCUUCUCGGGCUGGAUCAACAGUAAUCUGGAGCACGAUCCAGAUUUAAAGCACCUGUUGCCCAUAGACCCAGAAGGCAAACAGCUGUAUGAGAAACUUAAAGACGGACUUAUUUUGUGCAAAGUCAUAAACCACUCCUGCCCGGACACGAUAGACGAGCGUGCGAUCAACAAAAAGAACCUUACGCUGUAUACCAAACAUGAGAACCUCACGCUAGCAUUGGUGUCCUCACAGGCGAUCGGUUGCAACAUCGUCAACAUAGACGCACAUGAUUUGGCUAAAGGCAAACCUCACUUGGUGCUGGGACUUCUCUGGCAGAUUAUCCGUAUCGGUCUCUUCAACCAGAUCACCCUAGAACACUGUCCAGGACUCACAGAGCUGCUUAACGAUCAGGAGAGAAUCGAAGAUCUAUUGGCUUUGUCACCCGAGGCGAUCCUGCUCCGCUGGGUCAAUCAUCAACUGCAGAGCGCGGGAGUUACCCGCCGCUGCACGAACUUCCAGCAAGACGUGUCGGACUCAGAGAUCUACUCGUACCUGCUUAAGCAGAUCGCACCUGACGAUGCGGGCGUUACUCUUGACGCGUUACGGGAGACCGACCUCAUCCGCCGUGCCGAAGUUAUGCUCCAACAAGCUGCCAAGCUCAGGUGUCGUGCUUUCGUCACUCCAGCUGAUGUCGUCGGUGGAGUCUACAAACUCAACUUGGCCUUCGUUGCCAACCUCUUUAACCAACACCCUGGCUUGCAAAGAGCUGAUACCGGCGAUGAUACCUAUCACCAGUUGGACGAAACCCGGGAGGAAAAGACAUACCGCAACUGGAUGAACUCUAUGGGUGUUGCGCCUCACGUCAACUGGCUGUACUCUGAUCUUACGGACGGACUCGUCAUCUUCCAGCUAUAUGAUAUCAUCAAACCAGGCAUCGUCAACUGGAAGAAGGUACACCGUCAAUUCUCAAAGCUGCGCAAAUUCAUGGAACGCCUCGAGAACUGCAACUACGCUGUGGAACUUGGCAGACAACUUGGCUUCUCACUUGUGGGCAUCGCUGGGGCGGAUAUCAAUGAAGGAAACGCCACGCUGACAUUAGCUCUAAUAUGGCAGUUGAUGCGCGCAUACACGUUGUCAGUGCUGACGCGCCUAGCCAACACCGGCAAUCCGAUAAUCGAGAAAGAGAUCGUGCAAUGGGUCAACAACAAACUCCAGUCAGCCGGCAAGACAUCCUCUAUCAAGAGCUUCCAGGAUGAAGUUUUGGCAGACGGCAAAGUAGUACUUGAUCUGAUCGACUCCAUCAAGCCCGGCGCCAUCAACUACGAUCUCGUUUUGCCUGGUGGCAACCAAGAGGAGAACCUAGCAAACGCGAAAUACGCGGUAUCAAUGGCCCGACGUUGCGGCGCGAGGGUUUAUGCCCUUCCCGAAGACAUCACUGAGAGGAAGCCAAAGAUGAUCAUGACCGUGUUCGCGUGCCUCAUGGCCCUCGACUACAUCCCUACUAUGGACGCACCCACACACCCGUUGGACAGCACAGCAGUUCAAGUGGUAGAGAACAGCGAUUACGACGCACCUAUCACUGUGGAUGGUAUUAUGCAACAGCACGAAUUCGAAUCCCCUGUAUUCGAGCAAGAUAAUUUAGCACAGGGUGAACUAGAUUCGGUAUACGUUCAAAGUGAAUUGCACUCGCCCGUAUUCGUAAACGACAAUUACGUAUUCGGAGUGAACGAGCCCACUGACGAGAAUACUGAUCCUAAUAUGGUAUCGGAACCCAUUAUUUUAGAAAAACCUGCGUUGCCUCCGAAACCCGAAAAUUUGACGCCCGUGCGUUCUAACUCCAUAACUGCUACGGAAAAAUAGAGUUUUUUUUUUUAAAUUUCAAUGACAAUCAGUAAUUUUUAUGAAUUUAUCAGAUAAAUAUUUAUUUUAUUGUAAAUAGGUAUAAUACAAUAAUUAUAUGUAAUUUGAAGGGGAUUAAGCAGGCGAAUACUGAAAAGCAUUGGUAUUUUUAUUACAAAGUUAUUAAUUUUUUAUUUUUUUACGUCCUCCAACCGAUUUGAAAAUCAUGGUAGCACCGAUGAGAAAACCAUGGUAGCUAAGUGACAUAAUUCAAUAUAAAUUUGGAAAUUGUGUAUACAUGUACACAAGCUGCUAUGCUACGCUUCGUUAGUCUUGCGUCACAUUACGGCCAAGAGGUUAUUGGUUGCCUGGCAGAGAUUGCUACUAAGCGAUAAGGCCGC